UUGCAGCCAUUACAUUGCAUGCGGUGUUUACAUUGCAGCAAUUGAACCACAUGUCGAACCACAAUUACGCUCCAAUGUCGACCUAAAUAUCAAUUUACGCAAUUUCAUUCCUGUAAUUUCACUUUGAAACAUUUAUUUUCAAGUUUUUCAAUGCGCAUUCAUUCCAUCGAAUUUGGAAUGGGUGACGCUGAUUUUCACAUAUUGACCAUUGCUUUAUUCAACCCUGUUUCGAUCUUGUUGGUGUGAGUCAGGCUUAAUGUAAACGUUUGACUUGUGUCCACAGCCAAACACGAUACAAAUGUCACAAAUCAACAUAUAACUUUAAACUGAGCCGCAAAUUAUCAAUCAAAAAUUAAAAAGAAGUAAUAUUUCAAUUUAAAGUUUCAUAAAGAUUCGAAAUGGAAGAAGUGCAGCGGCAUUCAGUGCACACUUUAGUGUUCCGAUCGCUAAAACGGUCUCACGAUAUGUUCGUGUCAAAUCAGCCAUUUCUUCCAGAGUUGGACGAAGAACUGGAGCGUAGGAAAAAGGAAUUGAAAGCUCGUGAUUCAUAUGAUUUUAUAUAUGAUCGUGUAAAGAGCCAGAAAAAGGAUCAUUUGCAUCAACCGGCGAAGACGCAACAUGAAAACAGUCACACAAGUUCGGACAAAGAGGCUAGUUUGAGCAUUGAGGAAGCGAAUCCGUCGUCGGCUUUGGUCCCAAUGCCAAGCACUAGUUCAUCGGAAAGUUAUUUUACAGGUGGAAGUCAGUCCACUGCACCUAGCAAUCAAUUGCAGUUGCAACCAAAGAAAGCACCAUCCAUACCCAAACCAAAAUGGCAUGCACCGUGGAAAUUGUCUCGUGUGAUAUCCGGCCAUUUGGGUUGGGUGCGCUGUGUUGCUGUUGAACCAGGCAAUGAAUGGUUUGCCACUGGUGCAGCAGAUCGGGUCAUCAAAGUGUGGGAUUUGGCUAGUGGAAAAUUGAAACUUUCGCUAACGGGUCAUGUGAGCACCGUGCGUGGCUUGGCAGUGAGUGCAAAGCAUCCGUAUUUAUUCAGUUGUGGCGAGGAUCGACAAGUAAAAUGCUGGGAUUUGGAAUACAACAAAGUGAUCCGACAUUAUCAUGGUCACUUGUCGGCUGUCUAUUCCAUGGCAUUGCAUCCGACGAUUGAUGUUUUGGUAACGGCCGGUCGUGAUUCAACGGCUCGUAUAUGGGAUAUGAGAACAAAAGCGAAUAUUCACACACUUUGUGGACACACAAACACCAUUGCAAGUGUUGUUGCCCAAGCCACCGCUCCACAAAUCAUCACCGGUAGCCACGAUUCCACCGUUCGACUGUGGGAUUUAGCAGCCGGCAAAAGUAUGUGCACAUUGACAAAUCACAAGAAAAGCGUUCGAAGUAUCGUUUUGCAUCCCACAUUAUAUAUGUUUGCAUCUGCUUCACCGGAUAAUAUUAAGCAAUGGCGAUGUCCCGAAGGCAAUUUCAUUCAAAACAUUUCUGGUCACACGGCUAUCGUGAACUGUAUGGCUGUCAAUACGGACGGUGUACUCGUUUCGGGUGGUGACAAUGGUACACUUUUCUUCUGGGAUUGGCGAACUGGUUACAAUUUCCAACGCUUCCAAGCACCCGUACAACCCGGUUCAAUGGACAGUGAAGCGGGCAUAUUCUCAAUGACAUACGACGCAACUGGAACUCGUUUGAUUACAACCGAAGCUGAUAAAACCAUCAAAGUAUACAAACCCGACGAUGAAGCCACCGAGGAAAUGUAUCCAAUCAAUUGGCGACCAGAGCUCUUGAAACGGCGCAAAUUUUAAGCGCACCAUUAUCGUUAAGCUUAGAAGUAUUUUGUACAAAAUAUUUGGAUGAGUUUUUCAUAAGUCUCAUCCAACAAAUUCAUGCACUCUUUUGACCGAUCGUGAAAAUAAAACGCAUAACCACAACUACUAGCGAAGAAGAAAUGAAA